AUGGCCGCUAGUGCCUGUAUCUCUUACAUCCUGGAAGAGAAGGUCAGAGACUACAUCAUCUAUGUCACUCGGAUGCACAAGAGAUACCGCUCGCACAAUAAUAUCUUUGGGCAAAUGGCCGAUGCAUACUACCAUAUCGCCGCUUCAAGAAGCCGUAUGCCCAUCGAUUCAGGAGUAGGGUACCUCGUCGUUGUCGCCAAGUACAGCGACAAUAAGCGCGAACCACAGCUUCCUCCCAUCAAGAAGGAAUAUGGACCCCUCCCCUUCGGCUGUCCUGUCACCAUCGCAAAACUAGUGGUCGCUACCAAUGUCACUCUACAUUUACAACGACACUCCCUUCCCCUCCUCCCUCUCAACGAUCGACGCCUCCGCCCCAAAAACAUACCUGUCAAUAUGACCCGCUCGUCCCUGUUUAUGGGUCACCCACACUUAUACCCCCUGAUAGCUGACUAUAUCGAGGGGAAGGAUAACACUGCUCUCAAAAUCUUGGAGGAAGAGUCCCGCGCCGCCCUUUAA